AUGGACGGAACAGUUUGUGAUGAAAAUGGGGGUGACUGUGUAAGAGAAGGCGGUGGGGGAUGUCAUGUGAGGCUAGUAAGUACAGUAGAGAUUGCACCAACACCAAUGCCCGAGAUGAAUGCUGUGAAGUGGAAGGAAUUGUUGUUAGGAAAGAAGCAAACUUUUGCAAAUGCCACAGAAUUCAGAAAGGCAGUAUAUAAGUUUAGUAUUGCAGAAAACUUCGAGUACAAAUAUGUCAAAAAUUGUGAGGAAUGUGUGCAUGUGAAAUGCAAAGUUGAAGGUUGUCCUUGGCGGAUAAUAGCAAGAGUAGCUGCGAAGAGAAGUCCUUUCCUCGUUGUAACUCGACUGAGUAAUGAACAUGUGCAUAAUGCCCAAGAGAUGAUGCAAGUUACACAUGGUGGAAGAGCAGCCUUGACAUCAUCAAUUAUCAUUGAGGAGGUAAGGGAUCACACUGAAAAGCGUCCAAAUGAAAUAAGGAGGACCUUGGCAAGGGAUUAUGGUGUGAAGUUGACAUAUAAGCAAGCAUAUAGGGCUAAGGAAAAAGCAUUAGAGGAAAUACAAGGGAGGCCUGAACAGUCAUACAUGUUGAUACCAUGGAUAUGUCAACGAUUGAAGGAAACCGAUGAGAAGACGGUAGCUGAAUGGGUAGCAACUGUUAACAAUAUAUUUGAGCGUGUUUUCAUAGCAUAUGGUUGUUGCAUAGAGGGUUUUUUGUCUGGGGCAAGACAUAUACUGUACAUAGAUGGAACACAUUUGAGUGGACCAUAUAGGGGAACACUGCUAUCAGCCUCAGCAUAUGACGCGGACAAUGAAUUGUUACCAUUCGCGUAUGCUAUUGUGAAAGGAGAGACUUAUGAGGAGUGGGCAUGGUUCUUAAACAUGAUAAAACAGAUAGUUGGUGCAAUCCAAUUAAUUAUUGUGUCAGAUCGUCACAAUGCAAUAAUAGGAGCUGUUGGAGCAAUAUUUGGAGGUGACCGUCAUGCAUACUGUUAUAGACACGUGAAGGAAAAUUUCAGCUCUGAAAUGAAUAAAUUAUACAGAGGUAGGAGGAGAACUAGUGGUAUUAGUAAGGAAGUUGGAUUAAAGUUGCUUGAUGACAUUGCAUAUGCAAGGGUUAACGUUGAGUUUGAUAAGGCAAUGACAAGGAUGGGAAAUUUCAGUCCUCAGUUACUUCAGUGGCUUAACAAUCAUGGUGAUAUUCAUAAGUGGGCAAUGAGCAAGUUUGCAUAUAAACGGUGGGAUAACAUAACAACGAACAUUGCUGAGUCAUUCAAUGCUUGGAUUGUAAAGGAAAGGCAGCAUAAUGUUGCCCAACUUAUUCAUGAACAUCGUGAGAAGGUUGCAAGGAAGAUGUUCGCAGCAAGUGUGGCAAUGAGGAACUGGAGAAAUGGUGUGGGUCCAAACAUUGAUGGAAAAGUGAUGGAAAAUGUGGCUAGAUCGAUUCAUAUGCAUGGUGAACCUUAUGGAGGUGGUAGGGUCUGUGUACAUACUUCGCGUGGAGCCUUAUAUGUCAAUGUUCAGUCACAUGAAUGCACUUGUGCUGCAUGGCAAAUGACAGGGAUUCCGUGUCCACACGCUUGUGCUGCAAUAAGGGUGGUUCAUGCAAAUGUGUAUGAUUUUGUGGAGGACUGUUAUAAAAUAACAUCCCAAGAGAAGAUUUAUGGGAACACCAUGAUUCCAGUAGUGACAAUUGACAGGCCUAAUCCUAAUGAUUAUAUGCUGCAAAAUAUGGGAAACCAAGUGUGGCUAUACCCACCUACAACUAGUAGACCUUCGGGAAGGCCAAGAAUUAGGAGGCGGGAAUCCCAAUUCCAAAACAGGAAGAUUUACCACUGUGGACAGUGUCAUGAACCUGGGCAUAGUAAAAGAACAUGCAGAAAUCCAAACCCAAGUUAA